AGUUCCCGUAAAAACCGCAGGCAGGCAGGCAGGACGGCGGCCAGGGUCUUUUUCUGCCCGUAGCGCCCACGGGGAGGUGGGCUUUAGCUCAGUUUUAUAGUUAAGGAGAUCAGGACCCAGAUUUAUAACGUGGAGUGGCCAGGCCCAGAGGUCAGAUGGAGUAUAAAGCUGUUGCAAGGGUUUUAAAAAGGGUUAACCUCUCGGAACCUCGGUUUCCUUGUCUCCAGAAUGAUGUUGGUAUCUACUUUAAGGAGUUGCAAUGAAGACGAAAUAGCAUAAUGCAUGGAAAAGCAUUUAACACAGUGCCUGGCAUAUGCUAAGUUACAUGCAGCUGUGAUUAUAGAGCCAGCAAUAAACCAAGCUAGAUUCAAGACUCAAGUUCAGUGAUUUUUGUUUUACUUUGUUUUAACUCUCAUCACACCCCCUUCAAGCUUUUUUACCUUUAAAAUUGUGCAGAUCAUAUUUACUAAACGAUUGAACCACAGAGCAGAUCUUUAGUUCAUGCUGUGGAAUCUCUAUGCUGGGGUGGGGUGGGGUGUGUGUGUGUUGUAAUACCCCGUUAGCAUCUCAUGUUCUCCAAGGUACUGGAUAGGAACAUCUCUCCGAGGGAGAGCUGAAGGAUAGGAGCAAACUGGUCUAGGCUGAAGCUGGUUGCUUGACUGACCAAGGAGAGUAUUAGGUCACCAGGCCUUUUUGAUAUGUGAACUUUCUUAGUACCUGGGCAUAUGAAUGUAGUUGUUCAUUCAUCCUUUCAACAAAUAUUUAUUGAGCCCCUACUUGUAUCAAGCAUUUUCCUAGGUGCUGGAGAUAGAGCAGUGAAUAAAGCAAAGUCCCUGUCCUCACAGGGCUUAUAUUCCAGUGGGACAAGAUGGACAAUAAACAGACUAUACAUUUAAAAUAUAUAAAAUCAAGUAGCGAAAUUGUUUUUCUACCAGUCAUACCUGUAGACUUAUACAGGGUCUUCAAAAAGUUUUAAAACUUUAAAGUACUUAAUUAUUAGAGAAACCAUCUAUAAACAGCAUUUAGAGACAGGAUCAUUGAAUUUUUGUUUUAGCACAACCACUGCAUGUAGUGUGCCAUAUUUAUAUAUCCAGUGCUAUGGAGGCCAAGAUGGGUCGUCGAGCUCAACAGGAGUCAGCUCCAGCCGAGAAUCACCUCAGUGACAAGAAUUCUUCAGGUCUGCUUGGAGAGGCUCCCCCUCCCAAACCACCCCGCCGGCUAGGAGGCUGGGCUGAUGAUUCCAUGAAGACUUCAAAGUCCGGAAGGAGGGCUUCUGAAGAAGUGGAAGAUCACCGCCUCAGACAGAAGAGCCUGGAUGGAUCAGAUGAUGGAGGAGAUAUUCUUGUUAUUCCGGAUCUGGAAGAAGUACAGGAAGAAGACUUUGUUUUGCAGGUGGCAGCCCCUCCCAGCGUCCAGGUAAACCGGGUGAUGACCUACCGUGACCUGGACAAUGACCUCAUGAAGUACGCAGCCUUUCAGACCCUGGAUGGAGAGAUCGACCUGAAGCUUCUCACCAAAGUCCUCGCGCCAGAGCAGGAAGUUCGGGAGGACGAUGUCAGCUGGGACUGGGACCAUCUGUACACUGAGGUGUCCUCAGAACUCCUCACCGAGUGAGACCUGCUGCAGAGAUGAGGACCCCAGGGGACAGUCCGCGCACACGUGAGCCCUUGGGGGACAACAGACCAUUCUCUCUGCACUGAGUAACCUCUGCUUUGGAUAAGCCUAAAACCAAAAAAGCUUGCAAGCAGCUUAGACUUUUUAUAUGGAAUAUUUUGUAUUAAAAAUAUUUAUUUUCAGGAGACCACAUUGGAACAUUCAGUUGCAAUAAAUUGCUUUCUUCUGUGGCUA